UAAAAGACAAAAAUAGAAAGUUUCCUCUAUAAAUAGUAAAGAACAGAGGAAGAAAAAAAAAUGGUAAUGGAAGCGACAAGAAGAAUGAGUUUCUCUCCUAAUCCUCUCUCGCUAACCAUUGAAGCUAAACCUCCUACGGCUCUGUCGGCUCAGCUCGUCGCUGUCUUCUCUCUUCUAACAAUCAACCCUUUCUCGAAGCUCUCAGCCGAUGAUUUCUCUGGAGAUACGCCAACAUGGACAACCAGUUUCUUCUGCGACUCUGACUCUUACUCGUUCCCGUCGUCUUCUCAUGAAGCUAGAAACAGAGUCCAUGAGAAUGUCAAGCGCUUCGCUAGGAACUACGCAACACUCUUCAUCCUCUUCUUCACUUACGAACUGUUUGAGAUGCCACUAGCGUUGCUAGGAUUUGUAACAAGCUAUGCCUUUUGGGAGCUGUUCAAAUUCUGCGUCGACAGAUGGGAAUCCAAUCGACAUCCCUUGAUCCGAAAAAUAUUAAUCCGUGUAGCAUUAUGUGGUAAGUAUCCAGUAGAUGUUUCUUUCUUGGUUCUUUGGUUUUGCAUAGUUAACCUUGUUGAUAUGGACCCUAAGAUGAUAUAUUUACUUAGUUGAGAUAUUCUCUUUUAUGUAAUUAUGGAUCAUUUAACAAAGUUCCUCGCUUUGUUUUGCAGCAACCGUGAGCUUUUUGGCGUUUUUGAAUGUUCAAAUUGCUGUUUUCUAUGCUCUUGCGAUAAGUUAUGCAGGUAACUAAUCGCAUAUUGGUAUCUCGGUUAUCUUUUUAACAAACCUCUCACGAAUUGAUGAUAUGAUGUUGUUUGCACUCUUCUUUGUAGUUGUAAUAUUGCACGGCGGGUUCAGGAAUCUCUCCAUUUCCGAGAAGCAAUCUUGAGGCAAGAUAGAAGUCAUAGCACCAUACAUAAGUAGGAAGACUAACAACAACACAUUGCGAUGGCUGGAGAAAAAUCUGUAGUUACUUUUGGAUUUACUUUACUUUGAGAAUGUCGAUUUAUUUAAAUCAUAACAGACAAACAACUCAUGUUUGGUUAAACAAGAAGAACAAACAUUUUGAAAAGUUUCCUUAAUCUAUUGAAUGCUUAUAGAUCGAAUCUUGUGUUUGAGAUUAAAAAAAAUCAAAUGGAAACUACAUUUACUGUAACAGAAUGGAGGUACGAAUAUGUUUAUCUUGUCUGACAAGAAGAAAAAGAAUUGGUGAAAAGGUAUUGUGUUACUUCUCGUAUCUGAAGUCUCUGAUUGCUUCUCCAGUCGUUAUAGGGUAUAUAGGUUUAAGAAACCAUUGCUACUCAUUUGUUCAGUUAUACUACUGAUGAGUGAUGAGGAUGGAAGUUAUACUAUACCACUUGGCUCGUUCUUGUAAGUUUUUGAUUUGAGGUACUUGUUACUUGGUUUGGUCACCGCAAUUACUUGAUUUUACGGGACAAGUACAGGACGAGUUGCGGGUACGAAUGGUAGCGGGUGGGUAUGCACUGUGAACUGACGGGAAUGGUCUCUCCCCUAGAGAAACAGAGUUAAUACCAUCGGGAGACAAUGUCCCACGUAUAUCAUUAUAAAGAUAACAACAAGAUACUACAUUUGAUCUAGUCCGAGAAGAGGUAUGUUUCUAAGCUUCCUAAUGGCUAAUUUUUUAUAAGUACUACAAGGUUUUGCACCAAUAAGAAAACUUGACAAGAAAACGUAUAUGGGCUUAAAGCCCAUGCCUAUUUCUUACUCUACAUUUCCUUUCAGAUGAAUAGUGAAAACAAUAACAUAGAAAACACAUGAUAAUUUUUUUUUAUCAAUAAACAGGUCUGAAAUAUCAACUUUGAAAUUAGUAGUCUACAUUUUGAAAUACAAAACUAAAUUACGAAAAGAAAAUAACUGCAAUAUAUAUAUAUAUACAUAUUGUUACAAAAAUGAAAAAAACUCGGGAAAUGUGUUCUUUAUAUCCCUUGUUUCUUUUUGGUCUGGAGAAGAAAUUAGAAUGUGGUGGAACUUGGAAGUGGUCUUUGCAUGUACUUUUUGUAAGUUUUUGGUUCCCACCAGAGAUAAUAUGCACGCUCUACUCUUAACCACCGCAAAGACCGCACGUGACAGUGACUCUACCCCCAUUUUUUGCCCAGCUACCACUAAUUUUGUAUAUAUGUGUACGUGCGUGCAUAUGUACAUAUCAACGCAAUGUGUAACGAUUGAGAGAAAACAUUCAUGAUAAUCUAAAAGAUUAGUAAAUGAAAAUCUUAUUUAGAAUCUUAUCGAAAAGCAUGAGAGAUUAUAGGCUGAGAGGAGUUAAAGAUCUUGUUUUUCUAUGGAAAAAAAAUGAAAAACUGUUUUUUUUUUUUAAUUUGGAAAGAAACUAACAGAUUGGUUGCUUUAUAAAGUGUUGCAAAAAUAGCUAAAAGAACUCACAUCACACACUCACACGUAAGAAAGUUGCAUUGUUGCAUUGUUGGUUAUAAAAACAAAGCAUCUCAUAAGAGCAUCUGAGCAUGACUCUUCUUGCUGUUUACGUAUUAAAUUUUACACGUCACCCCAUUUUGUUCGAACUUCCAAUAUUGAAUCUUUCCUCGCUUUUACAAAAGUGACUAUAUUAUUUAGCUCGUAUUAUAACAGAGAGAACAGCUGAUUCCUUUCGACAAGACCCUAACCUAAGAAGAAGAAAAUAAAUAUUGAAAUCUCUAAUAACUCUCUGAAUGCUCUUACAGCAUAAAUAUUCAUCUGAUAUUUACAAAAAAAAACUUCACAAAACCCAUAAAUAUAUACUGUUUUGCGUUUAUUAGUAGGUAGUUAAAAAGUGACUUGGUUUCUAUUUAAUUUACCGUUGAUUAUGGAACCAAUAAGUUACCUCUUUAGUUUUAGUUUUUUUUAUUAACUUAGAAUAUCCCAAAUCUAUAAAAGAUUCAGAUUCAUUUUCAAAGGGGAAAUGCAGCCCAUUUAGUUUUUUUUUUGACGUCAGUUAUUUUCAUUUUUGUCCAUUAAUUUACCUCUCUAUUUUUUUUGGUCAACAUUUUACCUCUCUAGUUAACUAUUACUUAUUUCUUGUUUUAUCCCUUUAUAUAAUUAAAAUCAGAACAAAUUAAAGUGUGUAAUCAAGAAAAAGCAUGAUUAAUAAAAUCUAAGGACAAUUAUUAAAUUCAAAAGUGAUAUGUACGAUUAUUGCGGCUUUUUAAAUAAAAACAAUAAUAGGUGUUCGACGAUAAGAUACAAUGGAUUAGUUCACAAUCGGUCAUCUCACUACUAAUAUAUAUUUAGGUCCUAAGAAUUCUUUUUUUUUUUAGGAGUGAGGACGUCUCUGACCGUCUGAGAAUGAGUCUUGCUUUUCUUUUCUUAAUUGUGAAACUAAACUACAUAAACGAAUACUAUAUAUACUAUGUUCAUAAAACACAAUAAGAUACGAUUAAGGACCCACCAUAGAUACGGUCGUGGGAGGAGUUAGAUCGGCCCGUGCCGGUCAAUGCGGAGCCUAGUUGAAUGCUCACACAUCUGUUGUUUUUAGUUCUUCCUCACAUGACGCGCUCUAACUUCUCCACGCGCAAUGUGUUUGCCUGUCUGAAUUAGAAAAAACUUAUUUUCAGAUUUCUUUUCAUUGUUUGCGUCUCCCUAAUAUUUCAUGUCCUAAACAAUUUUGUUAUUGGAAUCUGUAAAGAAAUUGACCAAAAAAAAAAAAGAAUCUGUAAAGAAAAUUAUUCGAUAUACGAGCACUAGAAUAUAAAAUAUGUUGUUGGCAAAUAGAUGAUUUAGAUGUAUAAUUUUGCCGUUUUGGAUCAUACCAAAUGUACAAGAUAGUUUUUUUUGUCAAAAUUCACAGUCAAAUUUUAAUAAAAUGUUUUUGACUAAAACUACAAUCGAAGGAAAAACUACAUUAGGAAAAUUCAAUAACUUUUUUUUUUCUGAAAACGUUGAUUUUUCAUUUUUGUGAAUAAAAUGAGAUGUUAUGUGACUAAACAAAAUUGAUACAAAAUUCAACAAAUUCAACUUAACUAGACAACUUAGUUAUUCGUCUUACAAGUUAAAUAGCGUGAGAAAGAAUUAUAAUAGGUAGUACGUUGACCUAUUUUAUAAUUGUAGAAAAUGCAGUACUUGACAUAAAAUUACUAAAUGUGAUUAGAAACAAUUUGUAACUUUAAUUAGCUCAUAACAAUCUGUUUAGAAUAGAUAAGUUAUACAUACUACAAAAUUAUUUGAUAUAUUCUAGAUUGGAGUUUUCAUAGUAAUAGACGUGCCUAAAAAUAGCGUUGAAAAACUUAAAUAAAAUUAUCACUUACUUAAAGAAAUAGAUUUUGUUGUUUGCACAUGACUUGUGAUCAGUCGCAGAUCGAUAUGCUGUUGUUUGUUUUGGUAUCACAUGACUGAUUGCGCAAUUAUGACACGUAUUAACGUAUUGUUCAUUUUGAUGUUGCGAGAUUAAUUGUAAAUACGAUUUUGAAAAUCGCUGAAAAUUUAAUAAAUUAAAAGUAAAAUUUCAGAUAUGAAAACAAAACGAACAACAUUGGUUGUAAGUUGUAGAU